UCACGUGGCUGCAAGUUUGCGAUCAUGUGACGCAUCAUGGCUGCGCCCAGUUGGCUCUGGGUUCCCCAGCUGUUCCUGUAUUUGGUAGUCCAGUCGUCCGUCGGGUUCCUGGUAGAAACUUUAGAGCAGGUCUGCGGCUGUUGUGCUGGGCCCAUGCGAAAUGAGUCCGCAGCAGCCGUUUUCUGCGGUUCUCGGGUGGGUGCGGUACGACGGGGCCGCUGCUGCUUAGAGAGGGACAAGAAGAUUGUUUUGGGGUUGGAUUAUGGAAACUGCUCAUUACAUCAGCUGUACUCUAGCUUCCAGGAAGUGAAUACGGCUUUCGUCAUUGAUCUGACUGACAAUCCAUUGGAAAGUCUCCCUGAAGACCGCUUCCGAGGAUUCACUCAGCUGCAGACCCUUGCUUUGCCCCAGAAGCUGGAUUGUCCUGGAGGCAGCGAAGUAUGGAAAAAUAUCACCAUCCAAGGGAACAAUCGUAUCUGUCAAGACCAGAGGAGCCCGUGCAAUGGCUCAUUGGGACUUGUUUGGGUAUGCCCAGAGGGAUCGCUUUGUACUUCUGACGGACCCGGUUUGUCCCAGUGCCUCUGUGUAGAUCCAUACCAUGGCUAUAAAUGCUUGCGCCAGGGCAAUUUUCCAUACCUGCUGUUCUUUGGAACUUUGGGAACCAUCACUGUCAUUCUCUCCACCUUCCUUUGGAUCACCCAGCGGCACAAAGCCAAAACCAUUUAAUGGCCUUUCCAUUUUCCAGGCCCACCAACACUACACAAAGGAGGUGCUAGUUUACAAGUCUUGUCUGCUGUCUGUUGUACCUUUGGUUUUGCAAAUGGAAAUUCCCAAUUUUUCUGGGGGAAAUAAUUUUUGGAUUAGUGCCUGUUAGCAUGUUUAUACUCUAUUACAUGUUUGGGCACAUGAGAGAACACUGUAGCAGUUAUUGUACAGAAAUAUAUUAUUUUCAACUAGGUUGGUUUCUUUGUCAAUGCAUACAAAUUGGGGCUAUCAAUAAAAUAUAAAAAAUUAAUGUCUUAUUGGAUGUUAAAUAUUCUUUGGAGUGCAUAUUCAAUUUUUAAUAAAGUAAAUAUAAUUAA